AUGAGUUGUUACUAUGAAAGGCUGUCGUGACACGUGUCAGAGUCAAAACCCGCUCUAAGCAAAACCAAAACCCCCAAGAACCGAAAACUCAAAGAGCUACACCUAGUUUCCUCACUUCACACUCUCCUUUGUCCAAAGGGGAAGAAGAAAUGGAAUCUAGUACGGAUGGUGAGAACAAAAGGGCAUGCAUUAAACUCGAAAACGACACCGUGCGUAAGUGGGAUGAGUUAAGCCCAGAGAUAUUAGCUUCAAUUUUCGUAAGAAUUGUUCCGCCGGAGGAGAUGGUGAGGUCAGUGGCGUUAGUUUGCCGGAAUUGGAUGGAGACAGUAUCCGGACCAUACUGUUGGGUGGAGAUUGACUUGGAACAGUGGUGCCGGAAAUGCUGCAUUGCUAAUCGUUCCCACCUAAUUGACCCUACUGUCCGUAAAAUUGUUCGGCGGAGUAGGUUCACAUUCAGGCGGCUCUCCACUUACCGUCUCGGCAAUGUCGGCUUCUCCUUCGCUGCCUCCCGUGGAAGAUGUCUCAAGAUACUGCAAAUCCCCGAGAGUGAAAUCACCGACGAAGUGGUGGAAAAGCAUGCAGGGUCCUUGGUCAAUAUAACAUUCUUAGACAUCAGCUACUGUUUAAAGAUCACGGAGAAGGGUCUCAAAGCUUUUGGAGAACAAUGCAAGUCCUUGACUCAUCUCAGAAGAAAUAUGCCUCUUUGGGAUCUGCCCACCAAUUUUGAAGCUUCUGACGUCGAUGAUCAUGAGGCACUAAUUAUAGCAGAAACUAUGAGAGGUCUCCAGCGCCUUGACCUCGCAUUCAACCGAUUGAGCGACGAAGGCCUAGACGCGAUUCUCACUCAGUGUAAGGGACUAACACACCUUGAAAUCCAAGGGUGUUGGAAUGUGGAGCUGAAGGGUGGUCUUGAGGAAAGAUGUCAAAAGCUUGUAGACUUUCGGAGCCCUUGGAUCGAUGAACAUGAGGGUAGCCUUGCUGAAUCUUCAGAUGUUGAUAGUGGAGGAGAUGAAUGUGAUGAAGAAUCAAUCUACUCAGAAUCACCCUCUUCAUCAGAUUUGGAUUAGAUGGAUGCAGUCCACCACCUUCUAAGUGUCUUUGUUCUGAUUUUUGGAGCUUUUGGAUGCAGAUCACCAUGCAUAGACAGACAUUCCAAAGAUGGGUUUUGGUUUGUGUUUGAGACUUUAUUUGUAAUAUUGUAAACAAGAUGCUUAGAAAGUGAUAGGAAUUGAUGGUAGUAUUGGUGGUGAGUCUGGUGAUAGUACAUUCUUAGGUACUUAAAGCUUCCUUAUCAAAUUAUUACUACUACUUGAAGCUUUGCUAUUGAAAAUUGGAAACGAUACCGGAAUAUCUUCUUAUAAUGUUUGCUGCUCUUAUCUGUAA